AUGAGUUUCCCGGGAAAUCUUCCGCCCGGGAUGAAUCUCUCGUCGAUUUUAUCCUCGAUGGGCAUUGACCCAACCCAAUUGGGAAGUCUGCAGAAAAUGGCCGGCAACGCGCUGGCACAAGCUCCCGGAGUGUCCACUUGGUGGAAAGAAAUGCCCAAAGAUGCACUCGCUUUCGAAAUCGUCGUCUUUGUGAUCGUUUUCAUCAUCGCUUUGAUGACGAUCAAAAUCUGGAGGGAUAUCGUUUUGUAUGUUGAUGACGAGAGUUAUCGAAAUGACGUCACUCUGCUCGUCAGCGCUCCGUUGUUUAUUGUCAUUUUCUGCAUGCUGGGCAAUGUUUUCGUGCGAGCCGCCGGUUUGCUUUAUGCGAUUUCGUUGACUUACGUUGUACUGUGUCUUUAUCGCCUUGUCGAGCUGCUCUACGGCGUUUUCGGUGGCACAGCCGAAUUCGCGAAAUGGCUCAAAUUACAUGAGCGAAAAAUCAAUUUCGGCAUUCCUCCCGUUUGCUGUUUGACGUGUUUACCCAGUGCCGCACCGACAGAAAAAAACUUGAAUCGAAUGAAAUUGUUGGUGUUGCAGACGCCGAUCGUGCGAAUCGCCAUUCAGAUCGCGUUGAUGAUCAUGUUGAUCGAGGGAGUCAGCCCCAGCUCGGCCGGUCCUCUCGUUUUGAAUAUAAUCGGUGUGAUCUCAACGAUCACCGGCAUCUACACAACGCAUCUUUUAUUCAGAAUGACACAGGAAUUCCUCUCGGAUUUCGGUAUGACGGUUCUCUUCCGAUCGGUCGAUCUUUGUCAAGCGUUACUUACAAUAAUGAAAUUCAUCUUUGACAUUCUUGGACGUAAAAAAGCUUUCAAUCCAUAUGGACAUUUACAAUCACCGGGAGUUGCAGCAUUUUGGUUCAAUGUGGGAAUGUCGUUUGCUUGUCUCCUCCUUUGCCUUCUCCAAUUUUUCUUCACUCGACCCGGGAAAUGUGCCCUAUUCGACUCAAAAUUCAUCAAAAAGACGAUAGCACAGAGAUAUGCGUCAAAAAUGGCGGACGGGGAGCAACAAGCUGCACAAAAUAAUCGAAUACAGUCGUCGGCUAUG